AUGAAGUGUUGUGCUUUGUAUAUACAUAUUUAUAACUCAUUCUCACUUGUUUUGCUUUCUUUCAGAUUUCAUGUGUAUGACAUUGAUACAACAUAUCAUCAUGUUCCCACCAAGACACUAAAACUGAAUGAUCAAGAGUUCCUUGGAGAGGCUAGUUGCACUUUAUCAGAGAUAGUGACCAAACCAAGCAGGAGUUUAACUUUGAAGCUUCAAAUCAAAAGCCAGAACAUUAGUCAAAGAAAUCAAGGGGCGAUUACCAUUCAUGCUGAGGAGACUGUUGCUGCAAGGAGUGCUGUUGAGAUUAUUUUUCGUUGUUCUCACUUGGAUAACAAAGACAGAUUUUCUAAAAGUGAUCCUUUUCUAAGGAUAUCAAGAGUGGUUGAAACUGGGGGUUCUGUUCCUAUUUGCAAGACUGAAGUUAUAGAUAACAAUUUAAAUCCGAAAUGGAAACCACUUUGUCUCAGUGUCCAGCAGUUUGGAAGUAAAGACAAUCCAUUAGUUAUAGAGUGUUUCGAUUUCAAUAGUAGUGGCAAUCAUGUACUGAUCGGUAAAAUGCAGAAAUCAGUAGCAGAUCUGGAAAAGUUAUACCAUGAGAAGAAAGGCGCCAAUUUUGUUAUGCCAUCCAAACACCAUGGACAAGAGAAGGUUCUGAAGGGUCAACUCUUUGUGGAUCAAUAUUGUGAAAAGGAACAAUUCAGCUUUAUUGAUUACAUAUCUAGUGGAUUUGAGCUAAACUUCAUGGUUGCAGUAGAUUUCACUGCUUCCAAUGGAAAUCCUCAACAGCCAGAUUCUUUGCAUUACAUCAGUGGAUCCGGUCAGUUAAAUUCAUAUCAAAAGGCUAUAAUGGAAGUUGGAGAAGUUAUUCAGUUUUAUGAUUCUGAUAAGCGGUUUCCUGCUUGGGGAUUUGGAGGCAAGAUACCCGGUGGUACCGUAUCUCACUGUUUUAAUCUGAAUGGGAAUCCAGCUAGCUCUGAGGUGGUAAGAGUUGAAGGCAUAAUGGAAGCUUAUGCUAGUGCUUUACACACAGUCCGCCUAUCAGGACCCACUUUAUUUGGUCCAGUAAUCAACAAGGCUGCACAGAUGGCUGCCGACUCCCUUUCAUCGUAUAACAGCACUAAAUACUAUGUAUUGCUUAUCAUAACGGAUGGAGUUGUUACAGAUCUUCAAGAAUCAAUAAAUGCUCUGGUAAACGCAUCUGAUCUUCCCUUGUCGAUUCUUAUAGUUGGUGUUGGAAGUGCUGAUUUCACGAGCAUGGAGGUACUUGAUGCUGAUAAUGGACGCCGCCUACAAAGUUCUACUGGCCGUGUAGCUACACGAGAUAUAGUGCAGUUUGUCCCCAUGGGAGAAGUACACUCUGGACAAAUCUCUGUUGUGCAAGCUCUUUUGGAGGAACUACCUAAUCAAUUUUUGACUUUCAUGCGGAGUAGAGAUGUCAAACCCCUCACUUCCUAUUUCCCUCAUGCUGGAUCCUCUACUCAAUAGGUUUUACAGUUAGAGACAGCCAACCUUAGUUCUUUCAAUAUAUAGUUGAUGCACAGAAUUCCUUAGAUUUUAAGUAGUACUUUUUUUAUGUUGGGUGAAGACGAAAUGUUAGGUCUCACAAUAUAUUUACAUUUUUCAUUCAAAUGAACUGUAAAUACAAGCAUGCAUCUUCAAAGAUGUAGCAGUCUUGAUUAUAGAUGUUAGA